AACCAGGACUCUUACAACCAGGGGUCUUACAACCAAGGGUCUUACAACCAGGGGUCUCACAACCAGCACUCUUACAACCAGGGAUCUUACAACCAGGACUCUUACAACCAGGACUCUUACAACCAGGACUCUUACAACCAGGGGUCUUACAACAAAGGACUCUUACAACCAGGGGUCUUACAACCAGGACUCUUACAACCAGGGGUCUUACAGCAAGGACUCUUACAACCAGGACUCUUACAACCAGGGAUCUUAGAACCAGGACUCUUACAACCAGGACUCUUACAUCCAGGACUCUUACAACCAGGACUCUUACAACCACGACUCUCUUACAACCAGGACUCUUACAAAAGGGACUCUUACAACCAGGACUCUUACAACCAGGGGUCUUACAACCAGGACUCUCAGAAAAGAAACUCUUACAACCAGGACUCUUACAACCAGAUCAGGUCUUACAACAAGGACUCUUAAAACCAGGACUCUUACAACCAGGGGUCUUAAAACCAGGACUCUUACAACCAGGACUCUUACAACGAGGGGUCUUACAACCAGGACUCUUACAACCAGGGGUCUUACAACCAGGACUCUUACAACCAGGGGUCUUACAACCAGGACUCUUACAACCAGGGGUCUUACAACCAGGACUCUUACAACCAGAGGUCUUACAACCAGGACUCUUACAACGAGGGGUCUUAGAACCAGAACUCUUACAACCAGGGGUCUUAGAACCAGGACUCUUACUACAAGGGGUCUUACAACCAGGACUCUUACAACCAGGGGUGUUACAACCAGGACUCUUACAAUCAGAGGUCUUACAACAAGGACUCUUAAAACCAGGACUCUUACAACCAGGGGUCUUAAAACCAGGACUCUUACAACCACGACUCUCUUACAACCAGGACUCUUACAAAAGGGACUCUUACAACCAGGGGUCUUACAACCAGGACUCUCAGAAAAGAAACUCUUACAACCAGGACUCUUACAACCAGAGGUCUUACAACAAGGACUCUUAAAACCAGGACUCUUACAACCAGGGGUCUUAAAACCAGGACUCUUACAACCAGGACUCUUACAACCAGGACUCUUACAACGAGGGGUCUUACAACCAGGACUCUUACAACCAGGGGUCUUACAACCAGGACUCCUACAACGAGGGGUCUUACAACCAGGACUCUUACAACCAGGGGUCUUACAACCAGGACUCUUACAACCAGAACUCUUACAACCAGGACUCUUACAACCAGGGGUCUUAGAACCAGGACUCUUACAACCAGGGGUCUUAGAACCAGGACUCUUACAACCAGGGGUCUUACAACCAGGACUCUUACAACCAGAGGUCUUACAACCAGGACUCUUAAAACCAGGACUCUUACAACCAGGGGUCUUAAAACCAGGACUCUUACAACCAGGACUCUUACAACCAGGACUCUUACAACCAGGGGUCUUACAACCAGGACUCUUACAACCAGGGGUCUUACAACCAGGACUCCUACAACGAGGGGUCUUACAACCAGGACUCUUACAACCAGGGGUCUUACAACCAGGACUCUUACAACCAGAGGUCUUACAACCAGGACUCUUACAACGAGGGGUCUUAGAACCAGGACUCUUACAACCAGGGGUCUUAGAACCAGGACUCUUACAACCAGGGGUGUUACAACCAGGACUCUUACAACCAGAGGUCUUACAACAAGGACUCUUAAAACCAGGACUCUUACAACCAGGGGUCUUAAAACCAGGACUCUUACAACCAGGACUCUUACAACGAGGGGUCUUACAACCAGGACUCUUACAACAAGGACUCUUACAACCAGGACUCUUACAACCAGAGGUCUUACAACCAGGACUCUUACAACCAGGACUCUUACAACCAGAGGUCUUACAACCAGGACUCUUACAACCAGGGGUCUUACAACCAGGACUCUUACAACCAGAGGUCUUACAACCAGAACUCUUACAACCAGGG